AUGCCAAAUACUUCGAGUUAUGUCCCUCUUAUGAGCUGGUACUAUAUGGGAAUAAUUGGAACUUGUGUUUUUGGCACUCUCAUUGCUACUUUUGUACUUUUUAUUCAUUCUCGAAAGGUUUGGUAUUUUAAAUAGAAUUUUAUUUUUUGAAGGGGG